CACUCAUCGCGUUAUCAACUCAGUAACUAUAAGUUGGUCAACCUGACCGGGUCUGAGUCGCACAACUCUGCUGUUGGCUAUAUCGAACCUGAAAAGGAUCGGGUGCCAUAAAACACUAAGAAGAAGAAGAAGAAAAAUGUCAGCGAUGCGGAUGAAAGCAGUGAGAUGUCCCACAGAUGAGCUCAGUCUCUCCAACUGUGCCAUCAUCAAUCACGACGAUUUUCCUGAUGAUGUCAGGCACAUUGAAGUAACUACAGCGCCAAAUUAUCAUUUCGUGUUUACGGUUAGAACACAUCAUGAGAUACCACGUGGUGCGGUCGGGUUCAGUUUGCCUCAGCGAAAAUGGGCAACGCUGUCUCUCAAUCAAGAGAUUGAAGUUCGACCAUAUCAUUUUGACCCAACUUCUAAUACAGAGUGCUUAUGCAAUAUUGUUCUUGAAGCUGAUUUCUUGCAGAAAAAAACUACUACUUUGGAGCCGUACAACACAGACGAAAUGGUUAGGGAUUUCCUGCUACAGUUUUCGGGCCAGGCAUUCACCGUGGGUCAGCAAUUGGCAUUCCAAUUCAAAGACAAGAAGCUGCUUGGACUAGUUGUGAAGAGCUUGGAAGCCGCUGACCUGUCUGCCAUCAGUACCGGACAGGCCACAGUGCCGAAGAAGACCAAAAUGGGUCGCUGCUUAGGCGACACCGUGAUACAAUUCGAAAAAGCCGAGAACUCCAGCUUAAAUCUCAUCGGGCAAUCCAAAGGGAAAGCUGUUCGGCAGGCAAUUAUUAAUCCAGAUUGGGACUUUCAAAAAAUGGGUAUCGGUGGCUUGGACAAAGAAUUCAGUGCCAUUUUCCGAAGAGCAUUUGCGUCUCGCGUUUUUCCAACGGAGAUUGUCACUCAAUUCGGCUGCAAGCACGUGAAAGGAAUCUUGCUUUAUGGACCACCUGGCACUGGCAAGACUCUAAUGGCUCGUCAAAUAGGAUCGAUGCUGAACGCAAGGGAACCAAAAAUUGUAAAUGGUCCACAAAUCUUGGACAAAUACGUUGGUGAGAGCGAAGCUAACAUCAGAAGAUUGUUUGCUGAUGCAGAGGAUGAAGAGAAGAAGCUUGGACCGAACAGUGGACUUCACAUAAUUAUAUUUGACGAAAUAGAUGCCAUCUGUAAAUCUCGUGGUAGCGUUGCUGGUAAUACGGGAGUCCACGACACGGUGGUUAAUCAGUUGCUUGCCAAGAUCGACGGUGUCGAACAAUUAAAUAAUAUUCUCGUUAUUGGUAUGACCAAUAGAAGGGAUAUGAUUGACGAAGCCUUGCUGAGGCCUGGCAGAUUAGAGCUGCAAAUGGAGAUUAGCUUGCCAGACGAACACGGACGUUACCAGAUUCUUAAUAUUCACACGUCCCGAAUGAGAGACUACAAAAAGAUGUCGCCCGACGUGGACUUGAAGGAGCUCGCUACGUUAACUAAAAACUUUAGCGGUGCAGAAUUGGAAGGUCUCGUGAGAGCUGCACAAAGUACUGCUAUGAAUCGCUUGAUAACGGUUUCCAGCAAGGUAGAGGUAGACCCAUCUGCAAUGGAGAAACUUAUGGUGACUAAGGGUGACUUCCUCCAUUCACUGGAACAUGACGUCAAACCGGCAUUUGGUACGAGCGCCGAGACAUUGGACAUUUUAUUAACACGUGGGAUCAUCAAUUGGGGAAGACCAGUGGCUGAAAUUCUUGCUGAUGGCAGUCUGUGCGUUCAACAAGCUCGAGAGACCGAAGGCUCUGCGCUUGUAUCCGUCCUCUUGGAGGGACCACCGAACAGUGGAAAAACAGCACUUGCCGCACAGAUUGCGAAGAAUUCAGACUUUCCAUUUGUCAAAGUGUGUACGCCUGAGGACAUGGUCGGCUUUAUUGAAUCUGCAAAGUGUCUUUCGAUUCGGAAGGUAUUCGACGAUGCAUAUCGCUCACAGCUCAGUUGUAUCUUGGUUGACAAUAUAGAACGUCUGCUCGAUUAUGGCCCAAUCGGGCCGAGAUAUUCCAAUCUGACAUUGCAAGCGCUUCUAUUGCUAUUGAAAAAACCGCCGCCACCUGGUCGUAAACUGUUAAUUCUGUGCACUUCCAGCCGCAGACAAAUUUUGGAGGAUUUGGAUAUACUCUCAGCAUUCAAUACCAUCCUGCACGUGCCUAAUUUAUCGACCCCUGAUCAUUUGCUAAAUGUACUAGAAGAAGUUGAUCUCUUUACCGACCAUGAAAUGUCUUCCUUACAUGGAAAGCUUCAAGGGAAACGAGUAUUUAUCGGUAUUAAGAAAUUGCUGGCUCUGAUAGAUAUGGCACGCCAAGUGGAACCAAGUUACAGACUCGUCAAAUUCUUGUCGAAACUGGAAGAAGAGGGUGGCUUAGAAUAAAACGUAGCAACCCGUUCCGGGUUGCGCCAGCUUUCGAAGGUUAAAACGAGAGCGCAUCGGAAGCUACGUUUCUUUGAUUCUAACGCGCUCAGGCUGAAGUGACCUCGGUCGCUCAAAUUGAACGCGCGUUUAAAUUGUAGUAAUUUACGUAGAAAUAAUAGCCUAGAGUGAGACAUAGGGAGUCAAUAACAUCUGAAUCUCUUGUGUCGCGAUAAGUUCCCAGGUUAGUUAAUAGGUAGAAAAGCUUACGUGAUGCAUAUCUGAAAAUGCAUAUUAACUCCGUAUUUUAAAGUACAAUUAUGCGCACUGCAUCAUUCUAGGUACUUAAAUAUCCGACGUCAGUCUUACAAAUUCCGGGAACGAGUAUCGGAGCAACAUUGUACGUGACUCUCGUGUAACAACUUGUGUGUCUUGAUGUGAUCUUAAUUUGAAUUUUGGCUAAAUUUAGAGGGAUGAGGGACGAACUUCUUUCUCUGAUAUUUUUUUAGGGACCUUAAUCUGUUCUGACUCUGGAAGGAAUAAUGCAUGCUCAUGUUUGGACAUAAUAAUUUUCUACAACUUGAAGGGACACACGGGAUUGUUGCAUAAUAGUGUACGAUUAGUACUGUACAGUUAAUACUGUGGAAGCAACGUAAAAAUAUGAACGGAAAUAACAUGUGUAAUACCUGAAUUUUUAGUGUAAGGAGCGUCGGUUGCAUUACAUCGAGUGCAUUUCUUCCUUACACGUACAUUCUGUACGUAUCUAUAAUACACGAUUAAAUCGAUAGAACAUUCGUAUCCUGAGAAAAUCGUGCAGGCAGUAUUUAUGUUCAUAUUAGCUGCUGUAAAAAGUGGUUAGCGUCAACGUCGUCCAUUGUUGAGUUUAAUGUUUCGAGAUAAUUCUUUGUCGUAAAUUAUAUAGUCCUAAUAUUGUAGUGUUGUGAUGGACAAGGAUGAAUUCUAUAUAAAACCGGGAGUAAAACGCAGGACCAUGAUAAAAGCAGCAAUGGGUAAAUAGUAAGCUGGAUGUAUUUCUAUACUUGUAUAUUAUAUGUAAUGUAUUUAUUUCAGCAGAUAUUGAAAACAAUAAUAUCUUGAAUGUACAAUGGGGUUUUAGAACGGUGCUUUCCAGUCGGGACUUUAUUACGAGAGAUUCCCAGUUUCGUUAAAAGAAAUAAGAGAAGUAUUUACAAGUGACAUUUUCUUGAAGUGACAAUUUAUCAAUGCAAUGAUUGUCGAAACAAAUUGGACAUAUUAUGCGCAAAUACGUAUUUAACAAAAUAUUUUAUCAUUUACACACAUGCUUUGAUACAUAAUUAUUUUAACGUAAAUACACUUAUUAAUUUGCACACACAGGCUAGAAGUUAAUAAUUACUCGAUUUUGUAUUUUGGAAUAUUAAUUUUAUACAUAUUGUAAGGAAAAAUAAUGUAUCUGCCAAAUUAAGUACACUUUUUAUUAUAUAACAAAAGCUAUUUUGUUUUCAUCUAUUAAGUAUCGCGUAAAACUUAUGUAAAAUUUAAGCAAAGUCCAUGAGGGGGCUGACAGGCUGAUGUAAUGAUGUAAUGAUCGAGACAUAACAUUGGGAAAUACUGCUCAUUAUAGUUGAGAAAGAAUUGUUUGUAAAAAAAACAGCGGGUUGACUUUUGUUUCGAAGAAAGCAGACGCGUUAUAGUGUUCCACUUUUAAUUAUCCCGACUAGCAAUAACGUAGUUAUAUGUAAAGAGAUACACUUGUUAUAUUCUCGUAUGCCGUGUAUUUAUUGUUGAGUGCAUUCGCAAGUGUACAUGUAUAUUGUACGCGAAUUGAAUAAACAUGCACAUACCGAUUACACAUACGUUCCAGAGAAAUUACAACAAUUGUAAUUAGAGGAUAGUUAUUACGUAUAGGACAGAAAUUUUAGUCAAUACUUGUCAAUGAUUCUCCACUAUCUGUGGCGUAUUCCAAGAAAGAGGAACAUUCCAAUUUUCGCUUGAUAUAUAUAUAUAUAUAUUUAUUCUGCUAUGAGUAAUCACAAUAACAAGAAUAAAAACAAAAUGUAUAAAAAAAAGUGUGUUACGCUUAUAUACGUGCGCUCUUAUUUUUAAACACUAAUUAGAAUAAGUUGCUACACGCGCGUAGCUACAUGAUCUGAUAUAGGAUUUACAAGCUACUUUGCUUUGAUUGUGCAUUUCGAAUAAGUUGCGAUGCAACUAGUUUAUUUAUUCUUUGCGUACAAGAGCGUUAUCUGUGUUAUAUCUGUUAUAGCUUGAUAGAUUCAGGCUAAUUAAUUAGAUGCGAAUUAUGUAUCGAUGAAAUAGAUCAUGUAUGUGUUGCAGUCUUCGAAGAAAAUAAUUCAUUAUAUAUUGUAACAUAAUCGACUACUUGUCUGUAUUUAUCGAUGUGACCUGUUAUUGGUGCAAGUUAGAAAUAAAAUUAUCCAGAAAUA